AUGAUCCAGUUAUAUGGCACCAUGGACAACUACAACUCAGAGUAUACUGAACACCUUCAUAUUGACUUAGUGAAAGAUGCCUACCGCACCACAAACCACAAGGAUGAGUUCAUGCAGAUGACUCAGUGGCUUGAGCACAAGGAAAAGCUUCAAAAUCAUAUCAAUGAGACGCUCUCCCAUCGACAUCUUGAAGACCUCACUGCUAAUAUUGUUCUGCCAUUUCAUUCUGUGGCUGUCCACCACAAGAUCAAGUGGGUUUCCAUCGACGCUCGAGGGCAUGGUGAUCCAUGUGUCACUGUAGAUAGUGUCCAUGCUAAACCUGCGUGUUUCAAUACUGUGCUUAUCAAUGAUGGUACUGGUGAUUCUGUGGGUAUCGAAGAACAAGAUAUGCAGUUAAUGUUCCCUCCAACACACCAACCUCCAAAACACCUCGCUUACAUUGAAUGGUUCACCCCAUUUUCUUUGAUACCAGACUCACGCCAUGUGUACACCUUCUACCGAAGUUUGAACCAGUUGUGCCUCAUCACUGGACAAGCAACACUAUCUUCGAAGAAUUUUGCACGGGAGGUUUUCCCUGAUGUGGCAUUUGAGACAAACAGCUAUCAUACACUCAGUGUCAGAAACAUGCCCUCUCUCAGCACCAAUCAAUGCAGCGAGAAGGAAUCAUUCAAUUAUUGA